GUUAUUUCAAACAAUGGCAAGAACCAAGCAAACCGCCCGUAAAUCCACUGGAGGUAAAGCUCCGAGAAAGCAGCUGGCUACUAAAGCCGCUCGUAAGAGCGCACCCGCUACCGGUGGCGUUAAAAAGCCUCAUCGUUACAGGCCCGGUACUGUGGCUUUGAGAGAAAUUCGUCGUUAUCAAAAGUCUACUGAACUGCUAAUUCGCAAACUGCCUUUCCAGCGUCUGGUCAGAGAAAUCGCUCAAGAUUUCAAGACGGAUCUGCGUUUCCAGAGCUCUGCUGUCAUGGCCCUGCAGGAGGCUAGCGAGGCUUAUUUAGUUGGACUGUUUGAGGACACCAACUUGUGCGCCAUCCACGCCAAGAGAGUGACCAUCAUGCCCAAAGACAUUCAGCUGGCCCGCCGCAUUCGCGGAGAACGCGCUUAAAUCAACAGCUGUGUCAGUCCUAUAAACC